UGUACCCUUUAGCCUCGUAAUGGUGAAUAGAAAACCCCACCGCAGUGCCGCGUCAGACACGUUUCUGAUUCCCUCCCUUUCCCAUUUAGAUUUGGCUGGGACCCCCAGGAUGGUGCUCCAUUUCACUCUGCUCCUGCUGCUCUCCCUCUGUACUCAAGGAAUGAUGGAUGAAGCUGCACCUUUUUCUCCUUCAGUGCCUCCAGGGGAGGAGGAUGAGUGUGGAGAGGUCUUCUCCCUGGAGUCCAACCACAGGGCGGUGGAGGCGUCUCUGACCAAACUGGGCCUCACGCUGCUGGAGCACCUCAAGCCAAGUCCAGAGCAACCCAAUGUACUCAUCUCCCCUCUCAGCAUUGCCCUCGCACUCUCACAGCUAGCCCUGGGGGCACAGAAUGAAACCCAAGCACAGCUUCUGAAGGCACUCCAUGCCAACGAUCUGCCUUGUUACCACAAGCUCCUCAGUGGCCUGCAGCAACACCUCAACACCAUGGCAAUACAGGUGGCCUCGCGACUAUACCUGCGCCCAGGUUUCAAGGUUAAGAAGGAGUUUGUGCAGGAAUCAUUACACCUGUACAAGUCAGAGCCCGCCCCGCUGACCGAUGUGGAAGAAGUCAACAAGUGGGUGGAGGAGGUCACACAUGGUCACAUGACCAACUUCCUGACCAGCAUACCUCGAAGUGUGGUUCUGCUGCUCUUGAAUGCACUCUAUUUCAAAGGGGAAUGGGAAUCCCGUUUUGACAAGGAGCUCACUGGCAAAGACCGGUUCUACAUCAACAGCACCACACCUGUAGAGGUGGUCAUGAUGGUGGCUCCCAAGUACCCACUGAGCAUGAUGCUCGACAAUGCGCUUGGGGCCCAGGUGGCUCGAUUCAGAUUCCAGAACAAUACCAGUUUCCUGGUGGUGAUGCCCAGUGGCACAGGGUCGGAAAAUGUGUCCACAGUAGCAGCCAAGCUGAACAUCUCUGACCUCUACACUCGCUUGCCGGCUGAGAGCACCAUGCAGGUCAAAAUGCCUAAGUUUAAGCUGGAGUACAAGCAGGAGCUGCAGGAACCUCUGACCAAAAUCGGUCUGGGCUCUCUGUUCGCCUCCCCGGACCUGUCUGGCAUCACGGAAGGCCCCCUUCAGGUGUCAAGUGUACAGCACGCCUCAGCCAUCACCCUGAGCGAGGAGGGCGCAGAGGCCUCGGCCGCCACCGCCAUCCACCUGCUCCGCUCCGUGCCCAUGUUCGCCGUCAACAUGCCCUUCCUGUUUGCCCUGACUGACGACACCACACACGUGCCCCUGUUCCUGGGUGUCAUCACCAACCCCAACCCCCACAGCUGAGUGAUGGAGCGCCCGCAAAGUGACAACAUAACGCAGGGAAAGAUAGGCCACCCCCCACAAAGCCAAUGGCCCUCUUCCCCGUAAUAAACUAAAGCUUCAGUCAUAUACAGUCCACUCAGUAUUCAGACCACUGAUAAUUCAUUUUUAUUCCUGAUACCUUUUUUAAAAAUUGCAGAUUUUUUUUAAAAAGGGAAUUUGAUGUAGAUUUAUGAUGGGAUGGGAUUCAUUUCAGUGAUUUGAGAAUGAGGAGGUUGCAAUGUAACAAAGUGUAAAAAAGUGAAGUGGUCUGUUCUCUGAAUGCAGUCUGCUUUGACCCUCUUGAAAAAGGACUGUUCUCUGUAGUCACGGGUUGAAACAGAUGGACCUGUUGAGACAACAAAAAUCUCUUCAUGAAACUCCCAUUUGGCCAAAUUCUCAAUAUCAUAUCUGUUGUUACCUCUUUGUGCUGUGUACGUAGUUGCGUGCUGAUAUCCCUGAUUUGUUCUAGUGUGUAUUAUUUUAGUUCUUUAUUGCUUCAGAGAAUGUUUCUUUUUUAAACAUGGUAACAUUUCUUUCUCAAAAGUAGUAUCUCAAGAUCAAUGAUGAAAGGUGAAUUAUGAUUAUAUGGGAGUAUUAAAAAAGAAAUGAA